CCAAUUGCGUAAGAAACAAUAUAAAACAAGGAAAAUUAAAUUGUAAUUACAUUUGUUUCAAAGAUAUUUCCUGGGUACAAGUGUAAAUAUAAUUAAUACACAAUGGCACCGAAAUAUUUCAUCUGCUUCUUGUUGGCCAUUAUUACUGUGUGUUCGGUGAAUUGUCAGUAUCCAUAUGGCGGCGCUGCGCCUUAUGGUUACGGAUACAAUCAACCUCCAGUUAUUAUUACAAGAGGAGGCGGAGAUAAAGUGGACAGAGAUAUUAUCUAUCCUCUAAUCCUUCUAAUGCUUUUAGGAGGAGACGGUUUUGGUUAUGGGGGCUGGUACUAAGGAUUUUACAAAAUGAUUAAGUAUACCCAAAUCUUAAAUAUAUAUUUGUUUUUUUGAGAUUACUCCUUACACCUUCGUGAGUGAAACUAAGAUAACUCUGUAGAUAUUUCGGUUAAUAUGGCAAUACUAAAUAUAGCUUCAAGUUUUCGCAAUCACUAAUUUAGCAUUAUAGCAUAUUCUGUGGGAUUAUUUUUAAAAUUCAUAUUUCAAACAUAAUCGUAGAAGACAACAGGAUAGUUUAUUACGUACAGUCUGGUAAAGAAAAGGACGGAAUAUGUUACGUUUUUUAUUCUCUAGAACAUGCUUUGUAGUUUGCACAGAGUAGAAACGAUGUAAAUUGACAAUGGAUAUGGAUACGCAUAUUUUUCUCACAGGAAUUAAAAUAAUUUAGUGUGUAUGAAUAAAUAGUAUUAUGGUCUCCAAAAUAAUUAUGUCUCUAUGAAAAACAAUUUCCUGAACGUUAUCGUCCAUUCCUAUAGAAAUUAUACAAAUAUGAGAUAUUUUCCAGUGAAACUAUAAUCUUAUCUUAUUGAUUAGAUUAUUCAAAAUUGGUUCCGUUCAGCGUUCAGUUUAUUUACUAUCAGUUAUGAUUUAGAAGUGUAGUACCGUUCAAAAUGUCUAAUUCUACUAAUAGUGCGGAAGAAGAGGAGUCAUAUCCUUUGCACGAAUGUGUAUUCCUGGGUGAUGUUCGCAAGCUGUCAUCGUUGUUGAGGAACAACGAUGUGGCUCGCAAGGAUAAACAUGGAAACACCGCAUUGCAUCUGGCCGUGAUGCUAGGUCGCAAGGAGUGCAUACAGUUGCUGCUUGCGCAUAGUGCGCCCGUUAAGGUGAAAAAUAUCGCAGGCUGGUCGCCGCUCGCCGAGGCCAUCAGCUAUGGAGACCGACAAACUAUAUCUUCGCUUGUCCGUAAACUUAAACAGCAGGCGCGGGAACAGAUGGAACAUAGAAGACCAGAUUUAAUAAGAGCUCUCACCCAAAUACAAGAUUUCUAUAUGGAGCUAAAAUGGGAUUUCCACUCAUGGGUACCUCUAGUCUCUAGGAUAUUGCCAUCAGAUGUGUGUAAAAUCUACAAAUGUGGAACGAGAAUCCGGUUGGACACAACACUAGUAGAUUUUUCAGACAUGAAGUGGGAAAGGGGAGAUAUAUCUUUUAUUUUUCAAGGAGAAAAGAUUCCUAGUGAAUCUCUCACUGUAAUAGAUAACAAAGCUAGAGUUUACCAGAAAGUGCGCUAUGAGGAGACAGAAACGGAAAUAGAAGAUGAAGUUGACAUUCUUAUGUCUAGCGACAUUAUGGCGGCACAGAUGUCCACCAAAAAAAUUUCAUUUGCAAGAGCUCAGUCUGGUUGGAUAUUUCGUGAAGACAGAAAGGAAACUGUGGCCGGCUUGUACAGGAGUGACAUUUACACCAUUACAGGAUUGGUUCUAGAGUCAAGGAAAAGGAGGGAACAUCUGUCUAAUGAUGAUUUACAAAAGAACAAGGCUAUAAUUGAAAGUUUGACGAAAGGUAAUGCACACACCUUAGACACCAAUGGUGAACCUACUCGAAGGGCAUCACUAAACCCUCCACCUGAGACUAAUGUUGACUGGAACACAUACAUAUCAUCCGAACCUGGUCUCUAUCCCAGCCUUGGCAGGGAUCUUGUCUACAAAGAGUCAUCCAGAAACUUUAGAGCCACAAUAGCAAUGAGUGAUGACUUCCCUCUCAGUGUGGAGAUGCUCUUAAAUGUUCUUGAAGUAAUAGCACCGUUCAAACAUUUUGCAAAAUUACGACAAUUUGUUGAAAUGAAAUUACCUAGUGGAUUUCCCGUAAAGAUUGAUAUACCAAUUCUACCUACAGUCACAGCAAAAAUCACCUUUCAGAAAUUUGAUUUUCGAGAUGACAUUCCCGCCGAGCUCUUUGUGAUUCCUGAGAGCUAUAUAGAAGACCCCUUACGAUUCCCUGACUUAUGACGCCUUGAUUUUCCACCAAUUUUCGAAUUUAACGAGGGGCAUAAGUGGCGACGUGUUCGUUCACGGAAAACUAGCACCGUGAGGCGAUACAGAUCAGUUCAGUCGCUGCUCACUAUAGAAUUCCCUAUAUUAAAUGAACUGGGAUCUUCUGCUUCCAGUCAUUGUAUGCUCUAUGUGGAAUAGUUAAAUUUGUAGUGUUUAAGUUGUAGCAAAAUGUCAAAUGUAGUAGUGUCUUACAACAGAAGUUAUAUUGGUAUUAUAAAUGUGUAUCAAGGCUCUCAGUUAUUUUAACUAUUAUGAAUAUUAAAUGGCACUUUUGUUAUUAAUAUAUUUUACUUAUUUUCGUUUUUUUAUUCUUUUUUUACAAUUAUCUGUGUUACUUUUAAAGAUGGAUUAACUUUAGUUAAAAAUUUGUGAAUUGGUCUUGUAGAUAUUAGUGUAGUGUACAAAUUGCUCAUCCACUGUUUACGUCCACAAUGAAUUUGGCAGUUAUAAUAUAUUUUGUGUGUCAUAAAAAUUAUUUAUUUUGUAAUUGUUUAUAUUAUUCUUUAUAGUAAUGACAACAUACAUUGGUAUUUCCUAUGCAGUUCCUAUUUUCUAUGCAUAGUUGUAUUUAUUUGAAAUACAAUUUUUUUAUUUACAAAUUGGCCUGUGUCAGAUUCCAACAAUUUUGGCUUAUUAAACUACUUAAGAUUAUUCAUUCCAAGGCCUAAUUUACUAGUAUGGGCAGCAUCAGCAUGCUACUGUUGCCUUAUGCCCAUAAUUAUGUAUAAUCAAUUUCUUUAUAGUUACUGUUUAUGUAUAUUUGUGAUGACUAUGCAUGUACAAAUGAUUAAGAUAUGAUAACUAAAUUACGAAGCAUAUCAAUUUAAUCCCUGUUAAAGAAACUGCAUAAUCAUUGUUUUAUUUUUAAGAAAAAUAAGCAUAGCAUGGAUAGCCAAAAACCUUAAUACCUUAACUUUGGUUAAUAUAUAAAAAAUUUGCUCUGCAUAAAAUAUUCCGCAUAUAUUGCCCUUGUUUUCUGUCGCAUUGCUUAUGUAUUCCUUUGUCUCCAGACUUUUAUGUGGUUUAUUUCCAUACAGGUCUAAGAUAUCUCAUUUCUGAUUUAACAUCCUUGUGCCUUUUAUCUGAAUCAGUCAAAGUUUGCAGUAUUACAAUUUCAUAAAAUUGGUGUAUAAAUGUCAUAAAAAUUAUAAAUGUCUAUAAUUGGCCAAGUUUAACAAUAUUUGAUGUUAUUGAAUGUGGUAACCAUCAACUCGUAAUCAAAGUAAGAGUACAAUUCAAUCAAUAAAUGUUAGUAUACAC